UAGUAACGCCCACUCGGGACACGGAGAAAGUGCCACACAGAUCUCAAAAUAUAUCGCUGCGAUAGCCUACGUGCUGUAAAUCAGAGCAAUUUGGAUACACUGUUAAUAUUUUCAAACCUGCACUGCAUCUACCCAGUGUCGAGACAUGGCACCAAAGAGAAGGGCAGCUUCAACCACCAAGGCUGGAGGGAAGAAAGUAAAAAAGGAGGAGCCAGAAGCCCCCCAGGAUGCCUUUAAAUCUGCCAGAGAGGCUCUGAAGGCAGCAGCACCAUCACAGCAGGGCAAGAGGAAGGCAGAUGUCCACUGUGGCAUGGAUGCAGAGGUGCAUGAAGAUUAUGACUGCAUGCUCAACCAGACCAACAUUGGACAGAACAACAACAAAUUUUUUGUGAUCCAAGUGUUAAAAGAAGGAAAAAACUAUUAUUGCUGGACCAGAUGGGGUCGAGUGGGAGAGGUGGGGAUGUCCAAAUUGUCCUCUGCAUACCCCAGCCCUGAUAAAGCAAUAAGUGACUUUGAGAAGAAGUUCAAAGACAAAACAAAGAAUAAAUGGAGCGAGAGGCAAAAUUUUGUCUCUUGUCCCGGCAAGUACACUUUGAUCGAGGUAGACGGGGAGGAGAAUGCAGAGGUUAAGGUGGACAAGGUGGAUGGACCAGUGAAGCAAACGGUCCUCCCUUGCACCCUGGACAGUUCCACUCAGAGGUUCAUCCAACUCAUCUUCAGCAAAGAUAUGUUCAAGGAGGCCAUGGAGUCCAUGAACCUGGACGUUAAGAAGAUGCCUCUGGGGAAGCUGAGCAAGCUGCAGAUCGCCAAGGGCUUCGACGUGCUGGAGGAGAUCGAGGAGGCGGUGAAGCAGAGGAAGGGCCAGGCGCUGCUGCAGGAGCUCUCCUCCAAGUUCUUCACCACCAUCCCUCACAACUUCGGCCGGACGAGGCCGCCCGUCAUCGACAGCGAUCAGAUAAUAGAAAAGAAGAAAGAGAUGCUGCUGGUUUUGGCCGAUAUUGAACUUGCCCAGAGUCUCAAAGCUGAGAGUGAGGAAGAGGAGACGGUGAAGGAGGUCCCUCACCCUCUGGACCAACAUUACCAAUCCCUGAAGUGUGACCUCAGCUUGCUUGACAAGGACACAGAAGACUUCAAGGUAAUUGAAGCAUACCUGAAGGCAACAGCAAAUAGCUACAGACCACCGGUCAUUAAAGACGUAUGGAAAGUUAACAGACACAAGGAGGCGGAGCGAUUCAAUGCGCAUGAUGAGCUGGCGAACCGGCGCCUGCUGUGGCACGGCACCAACGUGGCAGUGGUGGCUGCCAUCCUGAGCAGCGGGCUGCGCAUCAUGCCGCAUUCUGGUGGCCGGGUGGGCAGGGGCAUCUACUUUGCGUCAGAGAACCUCAAAUCUGCCUCCUAUGUCACCAUGUCUCGAGACACUGGAGUGAUGUUUCUCAACGAGGUCGCCCUUGGUAAGGAGUGCACUAUCACAGAGGAUGACUCCUCCCUCACAAAGCCUCCAGAGGGCUACGACUGCGUUGUUGCCCGUGGACGAAUGGAACCAGACCCCUCCAAGGAUACCACCAUUACUCUGGAUGGUAAGAAGGUAGCAGUACCACAGGGCAAAGCUAUUGAGCAGCCCCAGUAUAAAAAUAGUAACUUCUCGAACAGUGAGUACCUCAUCUACAAGGAAAGCCAGUGCCGGAUCCGAUACGUCCUUGAGCUGAAGUUCCGGUGAUCAUGCAUUAUGUCAUUUUUUGUCUUUUUACUGACUGCCUCAUGAGAGCUGUAAUGCCUGUUUUAGUUUAACAUGAAGGAGUUUUGAUCAUGGAUAACAGUGCAGUUGUCCUAGAUAGCAUUUUUGUUUUUGCCUUUAAACCCUACUGCUCCUCCUUUGCACUUUAUUACAGCCAGGCUGAAUAAGUGGUUUGUGGUUUUCUGUCACACUCCAGUGGGGUUUGUUGUUUCUGGCAUCGGCUUUCAUUUCUUGGAUUUAGUCUUGGUUGGCUUCCCUUUGCCUGAUGAGCACUGUCCAUCCCGGUUGGUUGAAAGUCUAAUGUUUUCGUCUCCCAUUCAGUGGACAUUUUCGUACCUUGUAAAUGGAAUGAAGGCUACAUUAAUGUGUUACAUGUAAGUGGUUGGUGGUACGUGCCUUCUUCUCCAUCUUCUCCUCCUGUGUACAUUAUGCAAUUACCACUGAUUGACACCCUCCCCCUAAAAGACCAUUUCUGACAGCACUAAAGAUAUAACCUUCCGUGUCCUAUAGGAAGUUCCCUAAAAAGCGGCUCCCUGUAAUGGGACACACAUGCUUUGUACUGCAAUUUACAUCUGGAAAAACUUGAAAGUGGCCUCACCUGGGAUCUUUGCCCUGGUUGCCAUUUUAGGCAAAUGUCGAAGAAUGUUUUGUUCCAGUUGUGGGUAAUGUGCUUUACAUUUAUAUAUAAAAGUUUGCCAAAGAUGAGUGUUAUUGUUACGCACACAAACAGUUUGCACCCAGAUCGCAGGAAAUGACUGGAAAUAAAGGAAAAAAGGGAGAGCACCCUUUGGAGAGACAAAUUUGUUGGCAGUAGCACAGGUGGCUGUAACCUGUGCUUAGGUUCGAACAGCAAGUUUGCACGUUACCCUUUAUUUAGACAGCUUGUGUCUUGCACAUUUCCUUUGCUACAAAUGCCAUUCUGAAGCCAUAAUAAUGAUAUACAAUAAAAAAUCAGGAAAUCAAAUGCAUUCUUAUUUGGAAGAGUCAGAUUCAGUGGAAGUACUUACUUCUAAGGUCAAGUUCUUCCAAAUUCCAGUUCUUCCUGUCCGGGUCACUACCAGUUAGAUUCAACAGGAGUGCACUGACAUGUCUACUCUGACACCUGCUGGCAUUUCCAGGCUCAGCGGCUUUUAUGCAGCAGCAUGUUAACAGUAAGCUCAAUGCAUGCAAUAAAUGCUUAUAUUUCGCUUUAUUAAAAAUAAUAUUGAUGUUAUUUUUGACUUCAGUACCUCAUCUCAAAUUUACUGAGCAAAGCCUAAAAGUACAUUUUGCACUAAUGUGUAGUUUACAAAAAUGCUUCUUGCUUCUCAGUGAAUAAACAAAAUUGUCGGUAGUCUCAUACUGUGAGAUGUGCAGUCGAAAUUGCUCUUGUAAGUGCUGUAAUAUUAAGAACAAGAUAAAGAAUAAAAGCUAUUGUUUGCAGCACACUGGAUAUUACAGCAAGCUAUAGCUUGUACUGCUUUUGUUAAUGCAGUGAAUUUGCAUUGUGUAUGUGGAGGGAGAAAGACUAUGAGCAUGUUUUGGUUUCUGAAGAUGUAUUUUUGUUUAAGUUUCUGUUAUGGUUGUAUGGUGGGAGCUCUGUACCUCUGUAGUGUGUGUUCAUUCCCUCAAUGCUCAGUAUAGCUCAGUAUGAACACUUCAAAUUCUGUAACUCCGUGAAGGUGCCUUGAUAUGAGAAGGAACGCAUUCAUUGUGGCUGUUGACAUGUGCAUUCAUGUGCUCGAUAUUGCUUCAAUGCUGUGGCCAUAUACUGCAACCUUCCUGUAAAUGGCAGCAGUAUCUCUACCAGGAGGUGUCACUGCAAAUCCCCUAAUGGAUUUGAGCUGCCCUUUUCCUUUCUGUUUUCUGUUUCAAGAAACAUGGUUGUACCCAUGAUUCAGCUUCAUUGAAUA